UGGAUGGGGCAUGACCCCCUCGUGAGGUGAGAAGGAGGGAACCUGUUGUUAAUAUUUUGGCAGCUCAUCACUGCCUCUACCCCUUGGUCUAGCUACACCUCACACCAGGAAUCCAGCUGGGGUGCAUUCAGAUCAUUUCCCAGUGACCAGUGACAGCCCCAUGAGGGCAGUGUUAAGGUUGCACUGGCCUGUACCUUAACUCUGUAUUUCUUGGUUUUCAGACAUUUGAGUUUUGAUGAACUUACACCAGGUGGGGGAGAUAAAAUCUUUUACGGGACCAACUCCUGUUGUUGGUUGAGACGAGCUUUGGAGCUGCACCGAGCUCUUCUUUAGGGCUGUGUUGCUGGGAAGCUCGUCUCUGUCCCCAACAGAAGUUGAUCCAAUAAAAGAUCUCACAUCAUCCACCUUGUCUGUGUAAUAGACCGGGGCCAACAUGGCUGCAACAACACAGCAAAUCACUUCUGAUGAACCUGAUGUUUUGGAAGGUCACGAUCUUCAGUGGGAAACCGGAACUUCCUUUUUGAACUCAUGACUGAUUCAGAGUCAGUUGUUCAACCUGUCAUGAUUUCAAAGAGAAUCUUCUUCCUGCUUUUUCUGAAUAUAAUAAAGGAAACAGGGCCACCCAGAGGAUUCAGGGGGCCUGGGGCAAAGCAAUUUCAGGGAACCCUUCCAUAAAAAAAAUUGCAAUACUAUAGAAUAUUAUAUUCUCAUGGGGGCCCCUGUGGGGCCUGGGGCAAAUUGCCCCACUUGCCCCCGGGCGGCCCUGAAACAAAAUGGCAAAAAACACCCCUCCCCCCCCAAACAACAACGCCCCUUUUAUUAACAUGAAGUUCCGGUUUCCCACACACUCGCGGUGCAGCAGGACCGGGGCUGUUUCUUUAAGAGAAGACUCGACCCUCCCCACGGUUUGCGGCGAGGUAAUUGACAGUGUUACUUUCACUUUCCCCGGGCGAACGCUGUGAGCCGAACGCAGGUUCAUCGAUUCGGAAUAAAACCAAAUUUCUUUUAACAACGUUCUGCGGAAAAGCCAGGACACGAAAUUGCAGCUCUUUGAUCGCCAAAAUUUGCUGAGCAACGUGCGUGAGAAUCGGGACCAGUCAAUGACCAUGUCACUGUCCCAGCCAAAGGGGUGAAGUCUGGCCACACCCGGGAGAUUUUAAACUUCACAAAAAACCCAACCAGUUUUAAAGAAAAUCAGAUCAAUGAAGCGGUGGCAGUCACUGGCUAAGCACCUGGAAGCUCACCCAGCUUGAAGGGUCACCCAGCAUUUAACAACAGUAGCCUCUUCUGCAGAUCAAGUUACAGUGAAGAUGAAGGUUCUUUGCAUCUGUUCUAGCUCCACAGUGAGCGCCUCUCUGCCUGAUUUCAUCAUUUUCUUCAUUAUUUAUCAUAUUCACAAGUUGGAAUCAGCCCAAUUCAGAGUGAUGGGUCCUGGUCACCCUGUCACUGCCAUUGUGGGUGAGAACAUUGUGUUACCCUGUCACCUGUCCCCCAGGAUGAGCGCUGAGAACAUGGAGGUGAGAUGGUUCCGAUCUGAGUUCACUUCAGUUGUUCACCAGUAUCAUGAAGGAAAGGAUCAGUAUGGAGAACAGAUGCCAGACUAUCAUGAAAGGACCGAGCUUUUGAAAGCUGGCAUCACGGAUGGGAAUGUUUCCUUGCAGAUUCUUAAUAUCAGCCGCUCAGAUGAAGGACAAUACAGAUGCUUUGUUCAAGAUGGUUCUUUUUAUGAAGAAGCCCUAUUGGAACUGAAGGUAGCAGAUUCCUUUUUCCCGAGGGUGAAUCCAUGGAUGGUGGCUCUGAGUUUGAUCCUGGUGGUUUUGUUUGUUUCCAUUGGCCUCACUGUUUAUCUAUUUAAAAUAAAAGGACAUGGGCCAGCCGCAGAUGCUCUUCAAAGAGAACUCGACUGGAGAAGAAACAUCAUCUGCCCAGUGAAUGUGACUCUGGAUCCUAACACGGCUCAUCCCAACCUCGUCCUGUCUGAGGAUCAGAAAAGUGUGAGAUGGGCAGAGCGACGGCAGCGACUGCCCAACAACCCUGAGAGAUUUGACUCUUCGGCCUGUGUGCUGGGCUGUGAGGGAUUCACCUCGGGGAGACAUUGCUGGGAGGUGGAGGUGAGGGCUGGGCGAUACUGGGCUGUGGGGGUGGCCAGAGCGUCUGUGAGGAGGAAGGGAGAGAUCAGCCAUAGCCCUAAGAGGGGGAUCUGGGCUGUGGAGCGAUGUGGGUGGGGUCUGUUCUGGGCUCUCACCUCCCCUGAGACCCCCCUGCCCCUGAGCUGGGUCCCCAGCAGGAUCCGGGUUUGUCUGGACUGUGACCGGGGGCAGGUGACAUUUAUUGAUGCUGGUGACCAGGCCCCGAUCUUCACUUUCCCGCCGGGCUCUGUCCCUGGGGGGAGAAUCCGACCCUGGCUCUGGGUGGGGUACGGAUCCCGGCUCUGCCUGUGUCCCUGAGAGGCAGGAACCGGAAAUCAGCCUCGCUAGCCUGAUGGACCCCAGUCUCUAUGACCUUGGCGGACUCCCAUCUACCCAGCCCUUUUCCUCUUCAUCUCUCUGGCCGCUGGAAGCACCUCCCCCGCCCUCUCUGCAGCCCCAGGGAUGGGAGGGGGAAGAACCCCUGUGGCUGCAGGAGGGGCCCUGAGGGGCAGAGGUGGGGGCUGGGCAGGGGGUGGCACUAACAGCUGGGCAGGAGGCAGGCGGAGGUCGGGGGUGGCAGGGACACAGCAUGAAUCAAUCAGGGUUUGGGGGGUUGGGGAGAAGCAGCAGCAGCCAGGAGCGUUUUGUACAGAUGUGUCCUUAGAUCUCACUGGGGGCUCCCAGCCCGGGAUCAGCACGAGGGGAAGGGAUAAGAUCAGGGAAAGAAGAGAGCAGCCGAGGGGGAUGAUCUGUGACAGGGAGGCGAGACACAGGAAAAUAAACAGGGAUGGGAAGUGAGGCUAGAACAAUAAUGAAUAGAAAAGGACAGUACGAAAGGAAAGGGAACGUGAGCGGGACGGGGAGAUUUAUUACAUGUUACUGAAAGUGAGACUGCAACUCAUUAAUUCCCUAUAGUAAUCCCUGGCCAUUAGUGCAAUUUUAGUGCCAUAAAGAAAACUGUUCUCAGUAGCUGGGGAUCUCCUGGCCGUGCUGUGGUUAUUAAAGCUCCUUCUCAGCUCCUUUUACUUUGCUACUUUCCAGCUACUUAUGUAAAUAAAACAUUACAAACAAU